AUUCAAACAGAGAGAAAGAAAGAAAGAAAGAGAGCGAGAGAGGGAGAGCAAUGGAGGCGGCGAUGGAUCUAAUGCGAAGGAUGCCACCGCGAGAGAGCGAGAUGGCGCUAUCGGCGUUGCUGACCUUGCUGCCAGAGCAAUCCUCUGACCUCCUCUCCCAAGUCGACCUUCCCCUCCAGGUUAUACGAGACCUGGAUGCUUCAAAGGAAUUCAUAUUGUGUGAGUACAAUAGAGAUGCGGAUUCUUAUCGGUCGCCUUGGUCAAACAAGUAUCACCCCCCUCUAGAGGAUGGGUCUCUCCCAUCAAAUGAACUGAGGAAGCUCGAAGUUGAAGCAAAUGAUAUAUUUGCAAUUUAUCGUGACCAGUAUUAUGAAGGGGGUGUUUCAUCAGUUUACAUGUGGGAAGAUGAUAACCAGGGCUUUGUUGCAUGUUUUCUUAUUAAGAAAGAUGGAUCAAAGACAGGUCAUGGAAGAAGAGGGUAUUUACAGGAAGGAGCAUGGGAUGCUAUUCAUGUUAUCGAGGUUGGGCUGGAGGAAGAGGGAACAGCUCAUUACUGCUUAACUAGUACUGUCAUGCUCUCAAUGACUACUGACAACAAACAGUCAGGCACCUUCAAUCUCUCAGGAUCGAUUAGAAGACAGAUGAUUUUAGACCUUCCAAUAGCCGAUGGCCACCUGUGCAACAUGGGGAAGAUGAUAGAGGAAAUGGAGGGCAAACUAAGGAACUCGCUCGAUCAGGUUUAUUUUGGAAAGACGAGAGAGAUGGUAUGCACACUGAGACCACCUGCAGAGGGUGUUCAACUUGGCUUACCACCAAACUGAGGAAGCAUAACUAAACCUUUUCAAGCUCCUCAAUGUGCUGAAGCUUUUGGCUUUUGUUUUUCCUGUACGUCUUCAUUGUUGUUCUUGUUUUGUAAAAACUUCUGCCUGUCAUCAGUAAUGUUUCUAUUUGUUCUGUUACUAUUGAGUUUAAUUUUUCAAAUGUUUACAAGAUUCUGUUGAGAAAAUUUUAUUUGAUCAAAUUUUCUUCCUCUCAAAUGAUACCAUUCAUGAUAUAUAAGGGGGUAUUUGGUUGCAAGGCAUGGAUUGGGAAUCAUUACUUGGGGAUUCCAAUGCCUUGUUUGGAUAGCCAUGCAUGGGAGUGAGAAAGAAAUGAAUGAGGGAGGAGUGAGAGGUGAAUGGCAAUCCUCCCAAAAAUGGGAGGAUUGUUCAUUCCUCUCAAACUCCUUGGGGUGAAAUACCAUAUUUGCCCC